CACUUCCGGACAGGUCAGGUUGACGGUUUCGCUCCGGCGCUGUCAGCUUCUCUCGGCCGUCCGCGGUUGCGGCUUCGGCGUCUUCUUCGCCAGCAUGUCGGGGUCCAGCAACGCCCUCAUGAAGCAGCCCCCCAUCCAGUCGACGGCGGGGGCCGUCCCCGUCCGCAACGAGAAGGGGGAGAUCUCCAUGGAGAAGGUGAAAGUGAAGCGCUAUGUCUCGGGCAAGCGGCCGGACUACGCGCCCAUGGAGUCUUCCGACGAGGAGGACGAGGAGUUCCAGUUCAUCAAGAAGGCGAAGGAGCAGGAGCUGGAGCCCGAGGAGAAGGAGGAAGAGCUGGCCAGCGACCCCCGCCUGCGGCGCCUGCAAAACCGCAUCAACGAGGAUGUGGAGGAGAGGUUGGCAAGGCACCGUAAGAUCGUGGAGCCAGAAGUGGUGGGCGAGAGUGACUCGGAAGCAGAGGGAGAGGCAUGGCGUGUGGAGCGAGAGGACACCAGUGAAGAAGAGGAGGAAGAAGUUGAUGAUGAGGAAAUUGAGCGUCGCCGUAGCAUGAUGCGCCAACGUGCACAGGAACGGAAGAAUGAGGAGAUGGAAGUGAUGGAGCUGGAAGAUGAAGGCCACUCUGGGGAGGAGUCAGAGUCUGAGUCUGAAUAUGAGGAAUAUACAGACAGCGAGGACGAGACUGAGCCACGCCUUAAACCAGUCUUCAUCCGCAAGAAGGACCGAGUCACAGUCCAGGAGCGAGAGGCAGAGGCAUUGAAGCAGAAAGAACUGGAGCAGGAGGCCAAGCGGAUGGCUGAAGAGAGGCGCAAAUACACGCUUAAGAUUGUAGAAGAAGAAACCAAGAAAGAGCUGGAGGAGAACAGGCGCUCCUUGGCUGCCCUCGAUGCUCUGGACACUGAUGAUGAAAAUGAUGAGGAAGAAUACGAGGCUUGGAAAGUGCGGGAGUUGAAGCGCAUCAAGCGGGACCGUGAGGAGCGGGAAGCGUUAGAGAAGGAGAAGGCAGAGAUUGAACGGGUGCGGAACCUGACUGAGGAAGAACGUCGUGCUGAGCUCCGAGCAAAUGGCAAAGUCAUCACUAACAAGGCAGUGAAAGGCAAAUACAAAUUCCUGCAGAAAUACUACCAUCGUGGGGCCUUCUUCAUGGAUGAAGAUGAGGAUGUGUACAAGAGGGACUUCAGCGCCCCAACUUUGGAGGAUCACUUCAAUAAGACUAUCUUGCCAAAAGUUAUGCAGGUGAAGAACUUUGGGCGCUCUGGACGGACUAAGUACACACACUUAGUAGAUCAGGAUACCACCUCCUUUGACUCUGCAUGGGGACAGGAGAGUGCACAGAAUACCAAAUUCUUCAAGCAGAAGGCAGCUGGGGUGCGGGAUGUUUUUGAGAGACCCUCUGCCAAGAAACGGAAGGUGAACUGAAGGGGACACCAGUGUAGGGCACGGGGGGCUUGACUCAUUUGCUCUGGUGCUUGGCAUCAUGGAAUAUUGCCACAGGUCUGGGCCAGAGCUAUUUUCUCCUCCUCCCUAUGGGGAGGCCAGAUCUGCCUUGGCUCUCUCCUUUGGAGAGGCAGAGCAUUGGACAAGCCAGUCAGCACCAGUGUAGCAGCCUCGCUGCUGCCCUCUACAAGUCCUGUCUGUAGGGUUAGGGGGGUGCUUUUGGGGGGCAGAUUGUAAAUUAUUUUUUGUUCUUUAUGAGGGGAAAGUGGAAAAAGUGAGAUGAAACCAUAUUAAAGGGGUUUUUUUACAAUGA